GACUUCACCGGUGCCGCCCUUCUCCGUCCUAUAAAAGGCCGCAUCAGCUCUCCGAGCCGGGGAAACGGAAGCGAGCUAGGUUUCCCCUUCCCCUCGGGCGAGAGCUGGGGAUCCUCUGUUUCGGCUGCAAAAGCUACGCCAUUCCAAAAAAAUUGAGGCUUCUUGUCCUCCGGAUCUCUCCCGGAGGAGUUCGCCGAUCCUUCAACGAUCGUUAGGGUUUUAGGAAAGAACGCUUACUUUCCUACAUGGCGGGGUCUCGGGUGAAGAUUGGCCUCUUAAUUCCCCUUCAAAAGAACCUUUUGGUAGAUUACUCAGUCUCGAAUAUACCAAUAUUUCAAGGACGUAAUAUUAUUGGCCGCAAUAACCUUGCUAUAUCUGACAAGAGAGUUAGCCGCAAGCAUGUCAGUUUGCAUACAACAGUUGAUGGCUCCGCUGAAGUUGUUGUGGAAGGACCAAAUCCUGUUAUUGUAAAAUCUGGGGAUGAAAGAAAGAAGCUCUCUACUCAAGACAAAGCUCCGUUUGUUCAUGGUGACAUUCUUGAGUUGAUUCCUGGUAAUUAUUUAUUUAAGUAUGUAACAGUUGGCAAUGAGGAUGCAUCUUCAUCAAAAAUAGAUUCGAGCUUCUUAAGAAAAGAAAAAAGACACAGUGAAGAGGAGAGUUCAGCUGUCAAAAGGAAUCGACAUAUUCUUGAAGAUGAAUCUUUGGAAAAAACUUUGCAGGAAAAUGACAACUUGGAACAGGAUGAUGUAGUGGCUAUUGCACCUACUGAUUCUCAGUGGAAACCACCUGAGGUUCUGGCUUCUUGUGAGAACGUGGAGGCCAUUCGCCAUUUUUGUGUUCCUAAGGAUAGACUCUCUUUGAUCUUUCGACUUAUGCGAGUCCAAGGCCUUCCUGCAUGGACAAAUUCAUGCUCAGUUGCUAUACAAGAUGUGAUACAGGGGAACGUGCUUAUUGCCGUCUUAUCAAAUUACAUGGUGGACAUUGAUUGGUUGAUGUCUGCAUGUCCAGAUUUGAGGAAAAUUCCUCACGUGCUUGUCAUUCAUGGAGAAAGUGGUGCCACGAUUGACCGUUUGAAAAAAAAUAGACCUGCAAAUUGGAUCCUUCACAAGCCCCCACUUCCUAUUUCAUAUGGAACACACCAUUCCAAAGCUAUGCUUCUUGUAUAUCCUCAAGGUGUGCGUGUUGUUGUACACACUGCAAAUCUAAUCUAUGUUGACUGGAACAACAAAACCCAAGGUUUAUGGAUGCAAGAUUUCCCAUGGAAAGAACAACAGAAUUUGAACAAAGGGUCUUCAUUUGAAAAUGACCUGGUUGAUUAUCUCAACACACUAAAGUGGUCUGAAUUUAACGUUAAUUUGCCUGUGGUUGGCAAUGUUAACAUCAAUCCUUCCUUCUUCAAGAAGUUUGAUUAUAGCAGCUCAAAGGUUAGGUUGAUUGCAUCUGUUCCUGGAUAUCAUAAGGGUACCAACUUGAAAAAAUGGGGCCAUAUGAAAUUGCGAGGUGUCCUUGAAGAAUGUAUAUUUGAUAAAGAAUUUUGUAAAUCCCCGCUUGUUUACCAGUUUUCUUCCCUUGGUUCAUUGGAUGAGAGGUGGUUAGCUGAGUUAGCAGUGUCUAUGUCAUCAGGCAUCUUAAAUGACGGAUCACCUCUGGGUUCUGGAAAACCGCUUAUAAUCUGGCCAACCGUGGAGGAUGUUAGAUGCUCCCUAGAGGGUUAUGCAGCUGGUAAUGCAAUUCCAAGCCCACAAAAGAAUGUAGAAAAGGACUUUCUGAAAAAAUAUUGGGCUAGAUGGAAGGCAAACCAUGUAGGCCGGUGUCGUGCAAUGCCUCAUAUAAAAACCUACACUCGUUAUAAUGGUCAGAAUCUUGCUGUUUCAGUGCGAUCAUUUUCGUUUCCUCUCAACAGAUGGUUUCUGCUUACUUCAGCCAAUCUAAGCAAAGCUGCUUGGGGUGCAUUACAGAAGAACAGUUCCCAACUAAUGAUACGUUCUUACGAGUUGGGGGUUCUGUUCUUGCCAUCCACCAUUCAGGACCGUGGUUCUGAAUUCUCAUGCACGGAGAACCUGAUCUUAAAUCAGGGAGAAUGCAAGUCAUUUAGUGACACUGAGGUGUGCAAAACAAAGCUGGUGACUCUCUGCCGGAAAGGAAAUAAUGGAAUAGACUCGUCUUCAGAGGUGAUCCGACUGCCUGUGCCAUAUCAGCUCCCGCCGCAACCAUACACCUCUGAAGAUAUCCCCUGGUCCUGGGAUAGGCAAUAUUUUGAGAAAGAUGUGUAUGGUCAAGUUUGGCCACAUCAUGUUGAGCUGUAUGCAAAUGAAGAUGCUUGACCCCUGCAUUUUUUUUCCCGCUAAAGAUGCACAUUUAUGAUCGUAGUCUUGGUUCAUGUGGAAAUGACAAGCAGGUUCAGAAGCUAACCUUCUUUUGUAGUAAAAUGAGCAGGGAGGAAUGAUACCAAAGGACAACUCUCCUACCCCAAUUCCUAGGAGUCAUGAAUGCGGAGCAAGUGAUGGUAACACUUCUUCAGCUUCAGCCAUCGAAGGCAGUUAUCAGCUAGCUGUAUGACUCAGGAUUUGUAGGUUGGGAUGGUAAACAAAUUUGUUUUCUCGUCAUACCAUAUUCAUAGAACUGGGUGAUGAAACGACAUGUAACAACUAUGAAGCAUUCGUCGGUAGCUCACUAUGAAGUCUCUUGAUAAAUAAUGAUGGUGUGCAUAGAGCGUCAGGGUCCCAUAUUGCUUCUUGAUCACCUUUUAAGGUUUUGCAAAGCUGUCGGAGACCUUAUCAACGAAGUAUUGCACUAAAAAGUGGCUGUACGGCAAAAUGCUUGUUUUUUGUUUUGCAAGUUUUAAUUUUUCAGAGAACAUGCUGCCUCAGGAGUCUUGUGUUGGCUUCAAAAAGUUCGGUUAAUCGUGUGAAUCAUAGUGGUUGAGAGAGGGGGGGUUCUUGGCAUGCUUUGCACGCUUAAAGCUGCCUCCAUUCGGAGUAAUGAGAGAUUAAGAUAUGUUUUCUCCGUUA